CGCCCCCCGGGCUCGGUGCGUCGGUCCGCGGGUGGCUGCCCCGCAGGUGCGCGCGGCCGGGGCUGGCGGCGACUCCCUCUACCGGGCCGCCCGGGAGGCUCAUGCAGCGCUGCUGGGUCCCGCAGCGCCCGGAGCGGGGAAGUGAAAGUGCCUUGGAGGAGGAGGGCCGGUCCGGCCGUGCAGCCGCCUCACAGGUCCGCGGGCGGGCGAGGCGGGCGGCCUCCUGAACCGAACCGAAUCGGCUCCUCGGGCCGCCGUCCUCCCGCCCCUCCUCGCCCGCCGCCAGUUUUCUUUCGGUUUCUUCCAAGAUUCCUGGCCGUCCCUCGACGGAGCUCGGGCCCAGUGCGGGGGCGCAGGGCGCGGGAGCUCCACCUCCUGGGCUUUCCCUGCGUGCAGAGGCUGGCACGGCGCGGGCCGGGUACUGAGCGCACGGUCGGGGCACAGCGGAGGCGGGGGGGUGCCGCCGGCUCGCGCCUCCUCUUCGGCCGCCGUCUCCUCCGGUCCCUGGCGAAAGCCAUUGAGAAACCAGCGGAACGUCACGCGCCGGAGCCUGUGUGGGAGUCAGAGCGAGGUGGCUCCAACCCGCAGAGGCCGCAAAGCCCCGAGAUGGGACGGGACUGGGGGCUCGGGUCCCUCGUGCUCCUGCUCCUGCUGGUGUACCUGACUCAGCCAGGCAAUGGCAACGAGGGCAGCGUCACUGGAAGUUGUUAUUGUGGUAAAAUAAUUUCUUCUGACUCCCCGCCAUCGGUUCAGUUCAUGAAUCGUCUCCGGAAACACCUGAGAACUUAUCAUCGCUGUCUAUACUACACCAGGUUCCAGUUCCUUUCCUGGAGCGUGUGUGGGGGCAACAAGGACCCAUGGGUGCUGGAAUUGAUGAGCUGUCUUGAUCUCAAAGAAUGUGGACAUGCUUACUCGGGGAUUGUGGCCCACCAGAAGCAUUUAGUUCCUACCAGCCCCCCAAUUUCUCAGGCCUCAGAGGGGGCAUCUUCAGACAUCCACACCCCUGCCCAGAUGCUCCUGUCCGCUUUGCAGUCCACCCAGCACCCCACCCUCCCAGUAGGAUCACUGUCCUUGGACAAAGAACUCACUCGUCCCAAUGAAACCACCGUUCACACUGCGGGCCACAGUCUGGCAGUUGGGCGUGAGGCUGGGGAGAACCAGAAGCAGCCGGAAAAAAAUGCUGGUCCCACAGCCACAGUGGCGGUCCUGUGCCUCCUGGCCAUCGUCUUCAUCCUCACCGCAGCCCUUUCCUAUGUGCUGUGCAAGAGGAGGAGGGGGCAGUCACCGCAGUCCUCUCCAGAUUUGCAGUUUCAUUAUAUACCUGUGGCACCUGACUCUAAUACCUGAGCCAAGAAUGGAAGCUUGUGAGGAGACGGACUCUAUGUUGCCCAGGCUGUUAUGGAACUGUUAUGGAGUCAAGUGAUCCUCCCACCUUGGCCUCUGAGGAUUAUAGGUGUGACCUACCACAUCCAGCCUACAUGUAUUUGUUAAUAUCUAACAGGACUAAGCAGCCACUGCCCUCUUUUAGGCCCCUCAUUUAAAAACGGUUAUAUUAUAAAAUCUGCUUUUCACACUGGGUGAUAA